AUGUCCACCGCAAGUGAUAUCUCUGCUUUCGAGCACUCCAUUCUGGAUUCGACUAGUAGCACUGGCGCUGGUCAAAUUCAAUUCAACCUAUCCACGAUCUCUUCUCAAUAUGCGUUUGUCAACUGGGAAGAGGCUGUCAUUGAUCUUCCAAUCAAGCUUCAGAUUCUCAAUGCUGGAGAAUCUUCUGUUACCUCGACCGCUGCUUGUACCGUUGAUCAGCUUGUUCCCAAGGCAGAUGCCUGGCAAUUCAUUGAUUCCGUUCAAGCUGUUGUAGAUGGCGUGACCGUUCAGACGAAUCAAGUUCAUGAAAAUGUGAAUGCUACAUUCAAGGCGCUAACCGAAUGGGACUACAACUCCUACAUUAAACGAGGACCAACGAGCAGCUUCGUGCUAGAUGAAUAUCGUCUACCAAUUCCCGGAGUCGCCCAAAAUCUUGACAACAUGGCAGCAUCCAAUUAUAUUAGCGGCACCGCUGGCGAAUGGGGUCUUUUUAACACAUUUUCGAAUGGAGGUGCCCGCAAGUAUACGUCGCGCCCAGCUGGCGCCGUUGCUGCCGGUGCUCCGUUUAGCGUAGCGCAUUAUUUAGCCUGCCUUAAGCUCUCUGGCUUAUCCGACUACUUCAAGAAAUGUACAAUGCAAAGGAACAAGAAGGGGUUCAUGUAUAUCAACUAUAACUGCUGUGCUACGUCAAUUCCCACUGGUGGAUCAGCAGGUACGGUUGCAGCAACGAAUAUUGCUAGCAUCAACAGUAAUAUGAACUUCGGCAACACUUGCCCAAUUCUAUGGAAUGGUACAUCCGCAAAUACAACCAACACUGGCGAAUCAAGUGGUUUAGCUGUUCCAGGAUCAACACAUUUGUUAGUCACAGCCGAUGUUAAUGGUACUGCAACUUCGGGAAGUGGUAUUGCUCCAUCGCAGACAUUCUCUCGUCAACUUGCUCCAACAUAUAGCCCAAAUCAAUCAGCUGACAACGCUCUCAUCCAAAAGAAGACGUUCCGUUACAUUGAACGUGUAACCAACAAGUUUACUGCCCAUGCCGGUCCGUUAUUUACAUGGACGGUGACGAAUGGUAUUGCCAAUCCGAAAAAAUUGAUUAUGCAACCUGUUAUUACAAAUGUAACCCCUGAAUCAAGCUCUUUACCAGAUGUGAUCAAUUUAUUCCGUAGUUGCUUUUCAACGAUGCCUAACGUCCCAAUUUGGAAUAAUCCUGUCAACUUCGGCUACGAUCUAUUCCGUCUAUGGGAAUCACUGUACCGAUUCAUUGCUGUUGACAUUGGCCGUCGUCUACCCAGCGAAGAUGGUGCAGGCAAGUCGAUCAUUGUUUCGGGUACGAACAACACGAACUACGCGCUUACGAUUUAUUCUCAUAUUCUACGUGAAGUCGUAGCAACUGUAGAUACUGCUAUGGACACUGUCUUUCUAGGCGCGCAAAAAGCGUAUGAUCGCUACUACAAUGCAAUGACCAAAACAGCAAGCUUUAGACCUCGCUAG